GAUGAUAAAAUAUUAGAUAAUACUGUGAAUAAUAUCAUGGAUAACACUGUGAAUGACAAAUUGAAUGAUCAAUUAAGUAAAAGGAUGAAUGAAAGGUUAUAUGAGAAGUUGAGCAUAGGAGUAACUAAAAAAGAAAAUAUAGUAAUGAGCAUAAAAAAUGAAGCUGUUGAUGAAAAUUUAUUCAAAGAUGAAGCUGUUAGUAAAAGUUUAUCUGAAGAUAAAGUCAUUGGAAGAAAUUUUCCUGAAGAUGAAGUUGUUGGUAGAAGGUUCUAA